UCCAGAAAAUAGAAAAGGCCCUUUUGAUGUUUUCUGAUAAAGUUUGAAUCUUUUGGUAGAAAGUAACGUUCUUGUUUACUGGAAAUGGCUUGCCAAGCUACGUGUAGGUGGAGUUUAAUUGGCUUAGUGGCUGCUUUUCUUGAUCUUGCUAUAGCUUACUUCUUGUUAUGUGCAUCUGCAGUAGCAUUUAUGGCAUCUAAGUUUCUGGGGUUUUUUGGUUUGUAUUUGCCUUGUCCUUCUUGUUAUGGGGUUUUUGGUGAUAAUUUCAACAGGUAUUUGUGCUUCCAAAAGCUCUUAAUAGAGUAUCCAGCUGAGAAAUUUUCCAAUGUUCAGCUUUCUGUCAUGUCCAAGUUCCCUUUCAAUGAUUCUGUUUGGGGAAAGGAUAGGAAUUCCAACUUGAAUAUGAGGCUCAUAGAGGAUAGAAAAAGGGAUGCUGUUGAAUUGGAAGCUGAGGGUUCAUCUAGUUCAUUAGUAUCAGAUGCUGGGAGGCCUAACAAUAGUGGUAGCAUUAAUGGGGAGUCGAAGAGUGGUAGAAACGAGAUGGGAGCUGGAAAUUUGUUAGGUUUUCGAGAUGGGAGGUUUGAUUUGAAGGGGAAGGGUUUGAUGCAUCAGAGGCCAAGGAGUGGGAUCCGCCGUGGGAGGAAACGGGGUCUUGGUUAUGGCAAAGACUCAUCAGUUUCGUUGUAUGAUCCUCCGUAUGCAGAGAUGCUACAGAGUGAUCCUCCUCGUUCUCCUCCUAGCAUCAAUAAGGGAGGGAGUAAAAUGGUUGAUGAUGGCAUUGAGCUUCUGGGUUAUGGAGGAAAUAGGCAUCAUUUUAAAUACUUGGAAGAGGCACCAACUAAAGUGAGAUUGGGAUAUAGAUCAUCUGACAUGCAGCAUGAGCACGUUAAAGAGGUAAAACCUAAUGUAGAAUCAGUAUUUCAUGUUGGCAGCGAGGAUAAGAAUACAAUAAGACUCUUGGAACAGGCCCUUGAAAAAGAGCAUGCUGCUCGUGCAGCUCUUUGCCUUGAGCUCGAGAUGGAGAGAAGUGCUGCUGCAAGUGCUGCAGAUGAGGCCAUGGCUAUGAUUCAACGUCUACAAGAGGAGAAGGCAUCAAUUGAAAUGGAAGCUCGGCAAUAUCAGAGGAUGACUGACGAGAAAUCUGCUUAUGAUGCAGAAGAAAUGAAUAUCCUCAAAGAAAUCAUUGUCCGGAGGGAGAGGGAGAAGCAUUUUUUGGAAAAGGAACUUGAUGCAUAUCGGGAGAUGAGCUUUAUUGGAAAGGAACCAUCUUCAGGUGAUGGUGUGGAUAUGUUGAACAGUCAACAACAAGAAUUUGAUACUUCAUUUGACCAAAACGAGGAUCCAGCAAUGAUACUUCAGCAGUUGAAUGCCUCUAUUGACAAGAAGGUAAUGAUUGAAACUAAAAGAGCAGAUGAGGCUGUUCCUGUUGAGAAAGGAAAAGCUGUACUUGCUUCUCCAGAAGAGUUGCUAGUUCAUAGAUUGGAUGAAAGUUCUGCAGUUAAAAAACAUGGGCAUCCUGCUGGGCACCUUUCACAGUUUUCAGGAUGCAGCAUGGUUGAUAGGUUGAAUCUUCAGGAUAAAAUGAUAUCUAUGGAUAACUCACAUUCUUCUGCAGGGGAUUUGCAGAGAUUAGUGUCAACUUCUCAGACAUGUGAACCUGGCACUUCUCAAGAGAUACUUCCAGAGACAACCACUUUCCUACUGGUGAAAGGACAUGAGUACUGUGAUAAUACAAAUAUACAUGCAGAAAUGGGAAAAAGUUGUGUUGAAACUUCGCAUAUUCCGUAUCUUAAUGGGAAUAUAAAGCGGUAUGAAAAUGAUUCAAAUGUGGGUACCCAGUGGUCCAAGAGUUCUUGUCGUGUACUUGAUAAAGAACCUCACGUUCAUGAUGUCCAUGUAAUAGUUGGUAACUCCAACUUGUGUAAUCAGAUUAGUGGCAGCAACCUUGACUCGAUGUCAGUGAAUGAUGAUUUAGAAAUUGAUAGGAAAAUUAAUGUUCCAUCUGAAGCUUCUGCCAGUCAGAUGAUUAACGCUAUCAGUGAUUGUCUAAGUACGAGCUGCUUGGAUGCUGGAGUUGACAUUAGGAGAAGUAGUUCAGAUGUAACUAGCAGUCUCCCACCACUGUGCCUGAAUGGCAAAUCUCUGCUUUCUGAUCUGCAGAGGAGUUCCUUGUCUGUGGUAAACAAUGAACAGUUGAAGAUUGAUUUUGAAGUCGGAUGGCUUCAAGAAAGAUUAAAGGUAGUGCAAGAAGGAAGAGGGAAACUUAACCUGUCUUUGGAGCACCAAGAAAGGGAGAAAAUGCAGUUGAAGCUUUUGGAGAAUAUGGCACACCCACUUCAAGAGAUUCAGCAGCUCACUGAAACUGGAAAGACAGUACGACAAGCUUCUUUACCCACUCCAUCGUCUAAGGGAAUUUCAAGGAAAAGACGGUGUAGAAGUCUUUCCUCUUCGCUGCAGACAUGCUCCUAAACUAUGGAAAUCACAACUGGUAAACAAAUAUCUUCUGUUGUCACCUCCAGCUAUUUACUUGCAAUGGGAGAUUGAUGUUAAUCCUACAUAUUACGUAUCCAGGAUGGUCUCACACACUUGUGUACAAAACUUGCAUUUUUGCUAAUAUUUGCUGCUAGCUACAGAAGACAUUUCCUCACAUUCAACUGAUUGGAACCUUUUUAUCGUUCUGUGACAUUACUUGUCUGCAAAUUGUAUAAAUCAGCUGCAAGGAGGACGCAAAGUGACAGAAGGUAGUCAGAUGUUUAUAGGUUCGCCAUAAGUUUCACCAUCCUGUAUAUAUGACUUCAGACUUGUAUGCUGCUGACAACUCAUUUGCCCUUUGCACUCUAUUUUGAGUAUUCUCUUUUGACCCUUGUUCGUUGGAUUGUUAUAUAAUAAGGAAUUAGUUCCAAGGAGAAGCAUGGUUUCGAUCACCUUAGCUUGGUAAAUCUGGGAUGAAAUUUGUUUAGAUGGAAGCCUGAAUUUGAUGAUGAA